GUACAUGGCAAGGCUAAUCUUUUCACUCUUACUGCGGUCCACGGUCAUGCUCGAGCCAAUCCUCGGUGCUCGCAUCAAAGCGCCCUCGGUCCUUCUUUAGAACACCGCAUUGGCCAUCAUCCAUAACAGGCUCUUCCCUCAUCUAUAUAAAUAUCCUUCAAAUUCCUUUUAGCUCCCAAAGCCCACAGCAGGUUGCUACCACCGUCCCUUGACUGCGCUUUAUCAUUACAAUGUCUCACCAGAGCGUACCACUCCCUAGCAUACGCGACAUCUUCCCUGAAAUUUCAAUUCGUACUCAACAAGACAAUGACACUGCUGAUCAUCUUCGCCCCACUUCUCGCCACCGCGGUUCAAAACCCUAUCGUACGGGUGAUUCCGCAAUUCGCAGUCUUCCAUCACCACCACCAUCCAGUACAAGCUCAGACUCGGCUUCAAAUCGAUUGUCCUAUCUCACCCCAGACAAUACUCAACCUCCCGCAGCUUAUUCCUUCAACGUUCUCCGAGCUGACCCUCUCGCUUCCUCCCUCCAGCAUAUCGCUUCUAGCACCAAGUUGCGUACUCGUGCAACAAACUCCUCUCAGGGAAAAUCGGGCUCGGGAAUCGCCAAUGGAUCGACUCCGGUUUUCCGGGUUUCUAUGGCUCCCUUCGUACCUCCUCGGCAGUCACAACAACGCCAAAAGCACAGGUCCCCGGGCCCUCUUUACAGUUCACAAAUUCCACGCGAUACCCUACCUAGUCCAUCCCAACACGUUCAAGAAUCUAGACCCCAGCCUUCAUCAUCCGUAUUGUCCUUUUCUGUAUCAGACCCUCCCAAUUCUGCUUCCACCGUCAUGACAAAUGAUGGCAGGAGACCUUACCUAAAGUCGUCGGAUCAUCUAACAACAAUGCUGCAUGGAGAAGGGCGCGGUAAGAAGCACCAGUGUCCUCAUUGCGGCAAGCGAUUCAAUCGCCCCAGCAGCAUGAAGAUCCACGUAAACACACACACGGGAGCAAAACCAUAUCAGUGCCCAUAUCCAGGAUGUGGUCGUGAAUUCAACGUCAAUUCAAACAUGCGCCGCCACUGGCGGAAUCACACGAGACUGUCUGCGGGCCAUUUGGCUGACAUGGAUGGCCAUGGUGCAUGUGAUCAAUCCCCGUUCCCUUCGGACAUCCUGGGGCAUGGUCAGUCCCUGGUCUCGCCACCCGCAACAGACUCGGAAGAAUCAGAAGACGAUCUUUCUGACGAUGAUGAUUCCCAAUACGCAAUGGAUGUCUACGAGGGCUGCAGUAAAGAACAUAAGGAGGUUAAUCAUCCCGGUGGAUCAGGGUCGCAGUCCAACUCAUUUUGGUCACGAUCGCCUUCCCCAUCCCGGAAAACUACUUCUUAUAGUUAUCCUCGACCCCGUCCCCCUUCCCAUCUCGGCCCGUCGCCAUCGCACCCCACGGAAUACCUUUAUAGACCAUCAAACCCAGCCUACGUGCGCUCUUGCACAGAUUCCCGGGUUUCCACAGCCCUACGACCUGCAUUCCCCUGUGACACAUCAGGCCGCGCAGUCGCAAGGCAGAAUGGAUCACUCUCAAGUCGUUCAUAA